CCGAUUCUGCUCAUCUCUUCCCGCUGCAGCCACCCGAAGGAAAAAAAAGAGGAACCCAGCCAUGCCUUGGAAAAUUGGUGAGAUAAGCUUGGAAUUCUCCUUCUUUUCUUGCUCUACAACACAUGUAGAACCCAGAAAUUCUUUCCCCCUUGCUGGAAAAGCCGGAUCUGCCCUGCUCUGCUUUGUCCUUCCGCCGGCUGCUCCUACUUUGUGGGGGUGAUUUGCUCCGAUUUUGGUUCCGUGAGCUUCUUCUCCAAAUUGCCGCCGGCCUCUUCCCCCUGCCAUGUCCGGUUCUGUAGCUGGAAAAUUCUGGUUCCCGAUCGUUCUGUCAGUUAGUACGUGAAUUGAGUGCUCGGUUUUAUGCGAGUGAGAAAGUGAAACCGAGGACGGGAAACCACGGAAAGUGACGAGUUAGAAGGCUAGCCAUUUCGUAAAGUGAAUAUAGAUUCUAGAAAUCAUGAUCUUGUAAGCUCGAGUGUAUGGGAGAUUUUGAUGGUAUCAGAGCAGAUUUUAAAGAUUUGAUCUUCAGAUUUUGGUGGUAUCAGAGUACAGUAUGAUAAGUUCCGAGCCUUGUGCAUUUGUGGGACCUGUCUCACGAGUGCAUUUGUGGGACCCGUCUCACGAGUGCACGGCGUCUGCCACGUCCCCGGAUUCGGGUUCUGGGGCGUGACAUAUAAAAAGGCGAAUCCACAAGCUGGGUUCUUUUCUUUUCCAUGGAUUUUGAUUCGGUUGAUUGAUUGAUUUUGUUUUAAUUUUUUUCUUCUGAGUUUUUGCUUUUAUUUCUUGCAAUUUUUCUUGGUUACAUUUCUUUCUAAACUCAAAACUCUCUCUCCUUGCCUCCCGAAGGAUGAUGAUAAAACUUGAUUCUUUGAUUGAUUCCAUAAAGAUGCUGAAGGAGCAAGAAGCACAUUUUUAUUAUUUUGAUUAUGAUGAUUAUGAAGCUUGAUUAUUUUUUCCCGAUUUUAGCUGUGGAUUUGUUGCAAAUUUUGUCUCUUUAGUCUUUGUAAAUUGGUGAAAUGAAAACUCAAUCAUUGU